AUCUCUCUCUCUCUCUCUACAUCGUCUCUUUCCUUCUUCAUCAUCUACGGCCGCCUGAAACAUACAAAUUACACUAAGAUAUAGGCCUAGAGACUCUACCGGCCGGAAGAUAUAAGGAGAGAGAAAGGAGAGAGAGGUGCUGAUAUAGAGUGAGAGAGACAAUGCAGAUCGACUCUCUUGAUGCGUUCGUGGUUUAUGCCAGCAGAACUUUCUGCACUACCUUAGGUGUUUGUGUUCAGAUCCAGGGAUAUGUAAUCUGCUUACUCCUUGCUUUUGGUUGGGUUUGUGCUGCAUAUGUGAGGAAUAGGGAGAUAAGACAAAUGGAAGAUAGCAUGAAAACAGGCAAUUCAUUUGCUUUCCUUUACCAUGAUAUUGACAAGCUUGAGCAUAAUAACCAAGUUAUCCUGCCGAGAGUUAGUGUGGUAAUGCCUUUGAAAGGAUUUGGAGAACAUAACCUUCAUAACUGGAGAAGUCAGAUUACAUCUCUAUAUGGUGGUCCUCUGCAAUUUAUUUUUGUGGUGGAAAACACCGAAGAUCCAGCAUAUGGCGCUCUAAAUUGCCUAUUGGAAGAUUAUAAGGAUGAACUUGAUGCCAAAGUUAUCAUAGCUGGUUUGUCAACAACUUGUAGCCAAAAGAUCCACAAUCAAUUGGUGGGGGUGGAGAAUAUGCAUAAAGACAGCAAAUAUGUUCUGUUUCUAGACGACGAUGUUAGACUUCAUCCGGGAUCAAUUGGAGCUCUUACAGCCGAGAUGGAAAAAAAUCCUAAAAUAUUCAUUCAAACAGGUUACCCUCUUGAUUUACCUUCAGGAAGUUUGGGAAGUUAUUGCAUAUACGAGUAUCAUAUGCCUUGUUCAAUGGGGUUUGCUACUGGCGGGAAAACAUUCUUCUUAUGGGGAGGCUGCAUGAUGAUGCAUGCAAAUGACUUCAGAAAUGAUAACCAUGGGGUAGUUUCUAAACUUCGAGAUGGGGGUUACUCAGAUGACAUGACUCUUGCAGCUAUAUCUAGUGCAAAUAAAAGGUUGAUUACAUCACCACCCACUGCCUUAUUCCCUCACCCUCUUGCAAGUGAUCUUAGUUUUUCAAGGUAUUGGAAUUACUUAAGGAAGCAAACAUUUGUCCUAGAAUCAUAUACAUCUAGGGUUAACUGGAUUAUGAACCGUGCAUUAUUUUGCACCCACUGUUAUCUAUCCUGGGGAUUUGUGGCACCAUACAUAAUGGCUGUUACUCAUCUUGCCGCAGCAUUAGUGAUCAAUUCCAAACAACACCGACCGGAAGAAACUGACUGUAUCUCUGAUGGGUUGUUACUUGCAGCCGGGCAAGCCAUAUGCACCUUAGUGGAACUUCUAUCUAUGUGGAACUUGACAAGAGUAGAAGUAAAACUAUGUAACAUGUUAUCACCUGAAGCUCCACAACUGUCAUUGGCUACAUAUAAUUGGUCCCUGGUGUUUAUUGCAAUGUUGGUGGAUAAUUUUUUGUACCCAAUCUCUGCAUUCCGUUCUUACUUUUCUCAGUCAAUCAACUGGUCUGGCAUUCGGUAUCACUUAAAGGCUGGAAAAAUAAGCAAGAUUGACAGAAGCAAAGAUAAAGGUGCAAAAUUCACAGAUUUGGGAGGAAAGCACAUUUACGGAAAGAAAGGGGCUCCUAGUCGCUCAAUUCUCUAUUCUUUGUCAAGAACAUUGGCUCAAUGGCGACAGCCCAAGAAAUUCGAUGUAUAAAUAAGUCAAAUGUCAUCAUUAUUGAAGAUAUGGGAGGUUGAUUCUGCACAGAUGAUGAUGAUGAUAAUGGUAGGAGUGAAGAAAAUCAUGCCAUUCUUGUUAAAUUGAUUCUUUAGGUGCUUUUUUUUUUUAAUAUAAAAUUAUUUAAUUGAUCUCAAUUCAAUCGAUUGAUUCUUCUUCUUCUUGGUGGGAAGAGAAGGGGGGGUUUGAUUUGUUCGUGCAAUGUGGAGUGAUAAGAGUGUCUGUUUGAUUUGAUUUGGUUAUGUUCAUUACUAAGAAAAUAGAACUUGCUUCUCUCUGGUCUGGUGUAAGAUAUAAUAAAAUAUGCAAAU